AUGGCAGAAUAUAUGAUCCAGGAAAUAGAAGUUAAAAAUGAAGAAAGCCCUGACUUAGACAUAGGUAGGAAAGUGAUUUUAAUGGAUGGAGAAAUUAUAGAAGAAUAUAUAGUAUAUGAGACAAGUAGUGAUUUAAAGGGCGUGAUGACUGAGAAGUGUAAAAUAAAAGAAGAUCACGCCGCAAGAAAUAAUACUUCGCCGCCAUUUACGGCAAAUAAGAUGUUAGCCCUACUACAAGAGGCUAUCAAUAAUGUUCAACGUGAAGACUGGUUGAAGGUCGUGAAUAAAACAAAAAGGGAUAUUAUGUAUGAUUGGGAUCGUGACAUCCAUAUUGACAACAUAAUGGAGUCAUCGUUGAUAAUAUCCGUCACAGAUUCAGAUUAUGAAUUUAAUAACAAUUUAGAUGUUCCUGACUCUGCAACCUUUUAA